CAUGGAUUAAAUUACUUACAAUUUCCACAAUACUAUUCAAAGCAACAAGAAAAUGAAUCCUUACCACUUUAUCUAAAUGCAAGUACAUUGCCAAAAAAAAAAAGAUUCAACGAUCCAAUAUUACCAAAACACAUAGACAACAAUACUAAGUUUGGCAUUUCAAAUAAAUGUCUGCAAAAAUCGUCUAUUCGCGAUUUAAUUUUUCCGAAUAGAGUAGUAAAUAAAACGUUCGGCAAUGAUGAAGAUGAAACAGAAUAUUAUAACAAUUAUAAGGGUGCCUAUCGUUCGAAUGGGGUCGGAAAACAGUUUAAUCGAAAGUACACGACCAACAUUGAUCCAGAUUAUCGGUAUGGAAUAACAUCGAAACCAUUACCGGCUGGUGUAUGGUUUAAAAACAACGUUCAACCUAAAAAACCAUCGAAUGAUAAACACGAUACCGAUUUCGUCACGAAAAUAUUGAAUAGUGGGAAUACCGUACGCGUUCGGUAUCCUUACAUCGACAAGCGCCAAGGAAAAUUCCUAGGAAGAUCGUACCUGAAAGCUGUUGAUGUUUUAACCAGAAACGAACCGGACGAAAAGUAUUUGGGCCGUAUUGCAUUAUUAUCGGCGAUCAAUAAAACCAAGGUGACCGUGAAAAAAAAGCAACGCGAUUUGAAGGCCAUGCUCGAAAUGUACAAAAGUCUUGACAAGGAAUCUACUGGUUGGCUGCCGCGAGAACAAGUGUAUGAGGUAUGUUAUCAACAUCAAAUCAGACCGGACAAGAAAUUGUUUGAUGUCGCCUUGGAUUUGAUACACGCCAUUAAGAACGAUAGGGUCCGAUAUGAUUUAUUUAUGGAUUUACUUGAUCCAAAUGUCAUGUUCUCAGUGGAUUUGAAAAAUGAAAACCACCAUGAAUAUAUCUCGACGUAUAAAAACGAUUACGAGAAUAGAUCGUCUCAAAAUGUCCGAUCAAAUAAAAAAAUCGAUUAUACCUGUACAUACGAUUAUCCACCUGUAAAGCCGGCAGUGUUCGCUCAUCAAGAUAGUUUUGGAUCCGAAACGGACGUUAAGACAGUAUUGAGCCCGACAAUAUUUACCCUUUACGGAUUAACUUAUAGAGACUUUUUCAUAGAGCGUAGUAAAGAAGUAAUACAAAAGUUAUUCAAAGACGCUGGAAUAAACUUGCCAAAUGAUACUUUCAAUCUUAUCUGGGAUAUUGCAUCUCAAAAAAGUGAUAACGACGGAAAAGUGAAUAUUGAAGGUUUUAGACAAGUGUAUAAUGAUUUUAAAGCUGGAAAAAUUCUCAAGAAAAAAUGACCAAAAAAAAUUCAACAAAUAUAGUUUCUAAAUAGUUGUUAUGUAUGACUCAAUGGUUGAAGAAGCUAGUGUGCAAAUAUAUAUCAAAUGAAGAAUGUUUUGAAAUGUUUUUUCUAUCUUCAAAACCUAGAUUUUAUAUAAUUAUCUUUGGAAGAUUAUUUUGAAUCUAAAAAUGAAUACUUGUAAUAUGAUAUAUUUCUUGCAAAUUUCUCAUGUGAAUUCGAUUUUGGGAUUGUCGCCCGUUUAAUCGCCAGGAUCAGAAAACGUGAUGGGCAUAUCGAUUUGUAUGAGAAUUCUACAUGAUAAACGGAAGUGAUCAUUAUUUAUUGUUAUUUCACAUAUCUGAUUAAUUAACACAGUUUUUAUUGUAAUAUAAUCAU